GUAUGUGCAAGGAAUAGUCCAUCUCCAUUAUUCAGGGGACAAGGAUGUGCAAGGUGACCCUGAGCUACAAGCCUGGUGCAGAGAGAUCACUGAAAUUGGGCUGGGUGGAGCCCAGGAUCGAGGGUUUCCUGUAUCAUUUAAGUCCAGUGCUCAGCUCUGCCACUUUCUCACCAUGUGCAUCUUCACAAGCUCAGCCCAACAUUCAGCUGUUAAUCAGGGACAGCAAGACUGGUAUUCCUGGGUUCCUAAUGCUCCAGACACUAUGCGGCAGCCCCCACCAACCACAAAGGAUGUAACAUUAGAGAUGGUGAUGGCCACACUGCCCAAAGUCUAUCAAUCCUGUCUCCAGAUGGCUAUGACAUGGCUUCUGAGUCGGGUCCAGCCAAAUAGGAUACUUCUGGGCCAUCUAAAGGAAGAAUACUUCUCAGGACCUGAGCCCAAGGCUGUGCUGAGCCGUUUCCAGGAAGAUUUAGACAUUCUGGAAAGGGAAAUUGUGGCCCGUAAUGAAGGCCUGGACCUGCCCUAUGAGUACCUUAUGCCAGGCCGGAUAGAAAACAGUAUUACCAUUUAAACACAAUAUUUGGCUGGAAAACCCUAGCCCUUUUAAUCUCAUGUCUAUCAAUACAAAAAUCAUAAGUCGAAGGUUCUGUCCCCACAUCUAACCUAUUUGCCCUUUUUUCACUCACUUAAUGAGGAGAGGGUCUUUCUUCUUCAGGUAUAAAUCAUGCUUAACUUCACUCUCCAGGGUCUCAUGAGUCAUUAGUUCACAUUCAGCUCCUUGGCAACGCUUCUCUUGGUACUCCCCCUACAUGCUUCUCAUUCUCUGGUGCUUCUUUUCCUGAAAAGAAAUAAUCUUCCCUUUGACUCUCCUCCUGGGGUAGGAGUAGAGGCAGCCCUCCCCAAUCAUUCUGCCCAAGAAUGGGAAAGCUCCCAGGGUAACCAAAUAUGAAGGUUCUCAUCCCCUUCUCCCAGCACUGAGAGUUCUCUUAGCUAAACCACCUUGCUGUUUUUGUAUCAUUACUAUCCCUGCCCUUUUGUCAAAAUC